GAAAAGAUUGUUACAAGUAAGAGCAAGUUUGGGAAUUUUGCAUCUUUAGAUUUUGAAAACAGAGAAAGAAAGAGAAGGAAAGUGUGAGAGUCAUCAUCGCGUCUCUCUGGUUCACAAUACAUGUCUCAACCUAAUCGCCAGCUGAAUCUAAAUGAUGGUAAUAGAGAGAGCUUUAAGAAUAAGAUCAAGCAGCAUGAAGAUAACAUAAAGUUUCUUAAUUCUCUAUCAAAUCGCUUUGCUGAAUCAAUACUUGACUUACAAGUGAGUCUUGGAAGGUACCAUUCAGCUAAUGUAAUUAUGUCAGAGAAUGGAAAUGGUGCCUUUCAUACAGAGGAGGAAACAGUGGAACAGAUAUUGAAGAAAGAGAACUCUGCUGCUGGCAUAUUUUGUUGGCUAAAAGCUAAUGCUCAGAUAUCAAAUUUGGCAUUUGCAAAGGAUGCUGUGGGAAUUGUGGCAACCCUUGCCAGGGUUGAGAAUGAUGAUCUUAGCAGGAUCCUUUCUGAGUAUUUGGGCCUGGAGACAAUGCUUGCAAUUGUUUGCAGUACAUAUGAAGGUGUUAAUGCACUCGAGAAGUACAAUACUGAAGGCAUGAUAAACUGUAAUGAUGGUUUGCAUGGAAUUGGAUCUUCAAUCGGAAGGAGAAUAAAUGGCCGAUUUAUUGUCAUAUGUCUUGAAGACUUAAGACCAUUUGUCGGAGGUUUUAUACCCAAUGAUCCACAAAAGAAGCUGGCUCUUCCAAAGCCAAAAUUACCUAAUGGGGAGUGCCCACCUGGGUUUAUUGAUUAUGCAGUGAACAUGAUCCAUUUGGAUUCAAACAAUUUUUCCUUUCUUACUGCCAGUGGUCACGGGCUUAGAGAGACACUGUUUUAUGGCCUUUUUUCUCGCCUACAAUUAUAUAAAACGCGGAAUGACAUGCUGCUUUCUCUCCCAUGCAUUAAUGAUGGAGCCUUGUCAUUAGAUGGUGGGAUGAUUAGAAAAUGUGGUAUGUUUGCUCUUGGUAGUAGGAAAGUUGUAGAAGUGAAGUUUCCUCUAAUUUCCGGAGAAUCUGAUGUACCUCCAAACUAUAUUGAAGCUGAAGAUAUGGUGAGGAAGCUGAAAUGGGAAAGCUCCAAACUUGCUGCAGAUAUACAUAGAGAGCAGCAAUUAUUGGAUUAUAGAAAGGGCAACUUCACAAGCCAACCCUAGAAAGUUAUUUACUGAAAAUUGGUUGGCAUGACAUGGUAACAACUUACCACAUCAAAUUGUGUGCAUUAGCAGUUAAUUUUGCUGACAUAGCUCAAGAGGGAAUGUCCAAAAGAAUCUAUAAAGGUAUGCAGAAAUAGACAUGUGAUAACCUUCAUGCUGUAACCGAAACGCCUAGCUAUGGUUCUGUCUUGAAAUAUUAGAUUACUGAUUUCAAUCAUGAGAAAACUUGGAUAUGGGUGUGUUUGAUUGUG